UCGCGCGAUCCAUCAAUGGGAUACGCAUGAUUGUCACUGCAAGUGCUUUCUAUCAGGAUGUCAUUUUAAAUGAAUGCUACAAAUGAAACACAACCGUUAUCCUGUCGCGAUCGCUAUGAGCUCAACCAGACCGGUUUGGAGCCCUUAUCGAUUGACGAACGACUUCCACAGCAUAUAUUUCUGCAGACCUACAUGCCUGGCACUAUCACGGUGGUCAAAAUAGUCAUGAUCACUUGGCUGACUAUAGGACUAUUCGGUAACACUCUAUCUUUCGCUAUCUGGGUAACAAAGCACCAGCGUCGAAAGAGUACAUCGGCCAUUUAUCUGUCUGCUCUCGCACUUGCUGACCUGAUUCUCAUUCUAACGCUUGUCAACUAUCACGUGGAGCGCUACUGGGGCUUACCGGGUGUGACCUCUGUCAAUGGGUUGUGUCAAAUUUAUCAGUGUCUCACGCUGUUUGCACAGUACUACUCCACAACCCUUGUGUUUGGUUUCACUCUGGAACGUUAUUUGGCCGUGUGCUACCCAUUUCGCCGCCAUAAACUAUGUUCACCACAGAGGGCAGUUUUGGCCAUCGUUAUACUUCUACUCAUCUGUGCCGUCCCGAUGCUGUUUCAAACAGUUCUCUGGACUUACGAGAAUGGAGUUUGUAAAAUGAGAAUGGAAUGGCUGCGUGAUCCGCGCAUACAAUGGAUUCUGACAGAUCAAGAAAUCAUCUUUUCUCUGAUCGUCCCCUUGGCUGCAUUAGUGUUCAAUAUUCUUGUGCUCCGUGAAAUGCGGCGUUUAAUCCGAAACCGAGCUGCACCUAAAACGCAACUGCCAGUCCGGAGGCAAACGAGAAAACAGUCAAAAUUAUUUCUGAAACUGAGAAAAGCAAGCACUCUAAGUAGUAAUUCAGUUUGUGCAAGUGAAUCGCCUGAAGACAAGGCACAACAAGAAUCCUCCGCCUUCAUUGCCACUACCAUCAUGUUGGUCAUUUUAUCAUUCUAUCUAAUUGCUUGUGCAGUCCCACCUGGCGUGGUUUACCUUGCCCAGUUCACCUGGGCUCAACCUGAUGAUUGCAUGAACGAUGAGAGCAUUAGGACUGAUCCCGAGUGGAAUAGGUUUUUUGGAAACCUCAUGUCCAAAGAAUAUAUUGAUUUGUUCUGCGCUUCUCACUAUGCACUCAAUGUUGUGAUCUACCUGCUCACCUCCAAAGGUUUUCGUGAACACGCUAUCUGGAUUCUCACAUGUCAAGUGGAUAAGUUGAAAUCUUUAUUCCGACCAGUGGUGGACAACUGGGACUUUCCUCGUCGCACAGGGCCGCGACUAAUGUCUGCAAACUUUCGCCUGUCGGAAAACGAAGAAAACCACACGCUUGUGACCGAUUCCGAUAAAUGUUUUCACCAUCAACAAAACGGCAAUGGAUGA